GAUCCCCCUACUUCACUCGCCGACGAGCAAACGGCCUCCGUUCCGAGCCGUCGGCGGCAGCUGGAGAGCGAGGCCGAGCGACCAGUUACAGUUGCCGGCGGGCAAAGUGGGCCACUUGGUGCCAGGACAUGGCCGGGCAACCGCCACCGCAGGGCCCCGAAGACGAUUUCUUCGACCAGUUCUUCUCCAUGACGGCCGGCGGCUCCUACCCCGGCGCAACCGCGGGCGGCGGCCGCGCACCGGGUGACCAGCCGUUUUCCCUUGCGCUCAGCCUCGACGCCGCGGCCGCUGAGGCUUCCGGAAGCGGGAAGCACGCCGACGGUGGCAAGGCGGACCGGGAGGCUAUACAGCUCCCUGGGCUCUUCCCGCCGGCGUUCGGCGGCGGUGUGCAGCCACCCCACCUCCGCGCCACCCCGCCUACACAGGUGUUCCACGCGCAGCAGCCGAAGCAAGGCGGUGCGGCAGUCGGGCCACAACCGCCGGCACCGAGGCCAAAGGUGCGGGCGCGGCGUGGGCAGGCGACCGACCCCCACAGCAUCGCGGAGAGGCUAAGAAGAGAGAGAAUAGCAGAAAGGAUGAGGGCCCUACAGGAAUUGGUGCCCAAUACAAACAAGACAGAUAGAGCAGCUAUGCUAGAUGAGAUCCUAGAUUAUGUGAAGUUUCUGAGGCUUCAAGUCAAGGUUCUAAGCAUGAGCAGGCUGGGUGGUGCUGGUGCUGUGGCACAGCUGGUUGCUGAUAUCCCACUUUCAGUUAAGGGGGAAGCAAGUGAUAGUGGGAGCAAACAGCAGAUUUGGGAGAAGUGGUCAACGGACGGCACAGAAAGACAGGUCGCAAAGCUGAUGGAAGAAGACAUUGGGGCAGCGAUGCAAUUCCUCCAGUCCAAAGCACUCUGCAUGAUGCCCAUCUCGCUCGCCAUGGCAAUCUAUGACACGCAACAUUCGCAGGACGGACAACCAGUAAAACCAGAACCCAACACUCCUUCCUAGUAUAGUGGCAGCAAGCGUAACUUGCAUCCUUUCGGGGCUGUUAGCAGGCGUUAACCUACCAAUCAAAGCGUAAGAUAGAAAUGCCGGCUUCGAUUCACUAACAAGGAGGAGGCAGGGAAAAAAGACCUAAAAGAUCCUCUCCACUUGAAGUUGUACCAAAUGGUAUAUGAUAUCGCCUUUCCCUUUCCGAUCUUUUGUUCAAAGGUGCUUUAAUUGCAAGGAUAUGGUAAGCAAUAACCUGCUCAUGCUCCUCCAUCUUUCAAUGCCCCCUAUGAGUGUGAGUGAUGGAGAGAGGGAGCUGCUAAAAGAGUCUGGCAUGCUCUCAUAAUGUUUCUUUCCGGGUCUGUAGUGCACUAGCUAGCCAUACACUUUGUGGUGGGGGGGCUGCUGCUUUUCUGGUAGUGGGUGUAUAUGGACUAAUCAAAAGGGACUGAUGUAUGAGUGUGUCUGCGGCCUGCGCAAAUGGUUGACAAAGUUUAGAUACAGGAUGAAAUGGAAGAUGAUGUUGAUAGCGAUGUUCUUCCUUCUCCAUUUUUCCAAAGUGGAGGUCCGAGGCAGGCUUUGGUCAAUGGAGGCUGAGCAUGCGUUUCAGCGUUGGUGGAUCUGCUAUCUGCGUUGAAUACUUUAUUUAUACUAGGUGGAUGCCCGUGCGUUGCAACGGAAACAUAUCGUCAGUAUAGGAAACACAACUCCUACCAAUCUGGUAUCAAAGGUCUCGAUGAUCAUAAGCUCUGCCGCUGCCUCCAGGCAGCAGCCGCCGCCAGCAUCAAUGUGCUCUGCUCUGUGUUGUGUGCUAUCUCUCUGUCUUAAUUGUUUUUAUACUUGAUGCUCUGCUCUGUGUUGUGUGCUAUCUCUCUGUCUUAAUUGUUUUUAUACUUGUACUUCAAUACUUAUCUGUGGUAUAAGCUAUCUUUGAAGUGCAUGGUA